UAAUUAUAUAAAUAUAUAUAUGAAAUUGUCCCUCGAUUUUGCAAAUUCUAGAUUCCUGCUUAAAACCCUUUCUACCAAUCACAAACCCUAGAUUUUAUCUUCCUUUUUUGAUUCUAUAUUCCUUUUCGUCAUACAAAUCUCUUGAUCUGUGAGGCUCUUCGGGCGAAUUCUCGCGAACCAAUUUUGCCUAUUUUUUUUUCAUUCGUUCUUUUUAUAUUUCGGGGCAAAGGGGCAAAAUUCUUUUGAUUCGUUUUGUUUUUCUUUUGCUUCCGCUGGUUCUGCAGAUCAGAUUUGAAUUGAACCCAGGAUCAAAGUCGCAAACUUGAAGUCGAAUUUCGUCGGAAUAAUCCCAUUCACCAAUUGGGUAUUAGCUAAAAUCGUGAUCUGAACUGAGUAAAAACUCCAAUUUCGAGGUCGGUGCUUGGGAUUUUGGAGAUUUCAUGGAGUGAAAACAGGGGGGGAAAGAGGAGCAAUGACUGGAUUGGGUGUUCGAUCCAGUAGCUAUGGUUCCUUGGAGAAGACGACACAGAACGGCAUCGUUUUGCCCCUCCAGACGACAACGACGACGACACGAAUCAAACAAUCUAAGAUGCAGAAAGACAGAGAAGGUAUUGUCCAUUGGAUCUGCAAAUUCGCAGGUCGCAAGAAGGUGGGCAUGUUGCUCCUCUGCUUAAUCUCCGCCAUCGUCUUCGUUUGGGUCCUUUACGUUGGAAAAGGUGAAGAUGCUCAAGAAGUUCAAGGACCUCAGAGCUUGCAAUUGAACGGAAACUCGACUGUAAAUGACCUUGACUCUCAGCAAAGCAGCUAUAACCGAAAUCUAUCCUCUGUGGUAGACAUAUCCGUAUUCCCUCCUCCUCCUCCUUCGUAUUUUCUUGGCUAUACACUUCCACAAGGACAUCCAUGUAACAGUUUCACAUUACCUCCCCCACCAGCAGACAAAAAAAGAACCGGACCACGGCCAUGCCCAGUCUGUUACCUUCCGGUAGAAGAAGCGGUUGCCUUGAUGCCAAAAGUUCCGUCAUUUUCCCCUGUUCUUAAGAGCUUAAGUUAUAUAUAUGAGCAACCGAUAAACAAAGAAACAGAGUUUGGAGGGUCUGAAUUUGGUGGUUAUCCUACGUUGAAGCAGAGGAACGAUUCUUUUGACAUUAAAGAAACAAUGAGCGUACACUGUGGAUUUGUCAAAGGACCUCAACCUGGACGUGGAACUGGAUUCGACAUUGACGAGGCUGACCUUCUUGAGAUGGAGCAGUGCCGCGGGAUAGUUGUUGCUUCAGCUGUAUUUGGCGCUUUUGACGAUGUAAAAGAACCACAAAAUAUCAGUAAGCAAUCCGAAGAAACAGCAUGUUUCUACAUGUUUGUCGAUGAAGAAACUCGUGAAUUUCUGAAGAGAGAACGAGGCCUUAACAGCACCAAGAAAAUAGGGAUCUGGAGAAUUGUUGUUGUUCAAAAUCUUCCUUAUUCAGAUGGACGACGCAAUGGAAAGGUGCCGAAGCUUCUGGUGCAUAGGCUAUUCCCAAAUGCUCGCUUCUCGAUAUGGAUUGACGGGAAGCUUGAGCUGGUUGUAGAUCCGUAUCAAAUCCUUGAGAGGUUCUUAUGGAGGAAAAAUGCCACCUUUGCAAUAUCGAGACAUUACAGACGGUUUGAUGUACUGGUUGAAGCUGAAGCAAAUAAAGCCGCUGGUAAAUAUGACAACGCUUCUAUCGACUUCCAAGUGAAUUUCUAUAAGAACGAAGGUUUGACCCCAUAUUCCGUGGCAAAGCUCCCGAUCACAAGCGAUGUUCCAGAAGGCUGUGUCAUUAUAAGAGAGCAUGUUCCCAUCAGUAACCUAUUUACUUGCCUCUGGUUCAAUGAAGUGGACCGUUUCACUUCCCGAGAUCAAAUCAGUUUCUCAACCGUGAGAGAUAAGAUUUCCGCCAAAACGAACUGGACCCUCAAUAUGUUCCUGGACUGCGAAAGACGGAACUUUGUGAUUCAGAGAUAUCACCGAGCGGAGCAAGAGAUGUUGGCGAGGAGACGAGCUCCCGUGGCGAAUAAUCCUCCUCCACCGCCUUUGAACGGCGACUUGCCCCGGAAAUUGUCAUACGGAAGCCGAGUAAGGGAAAGGAUCGUGAACACGACUCCCGUUAGGAGGCGUGGGAGAGAUCGGAGAUCGAGUUCGAGGCACAGGAAAGCUUCAUUGCCUUCUACAUUAUUGUGAGAUUCCAUUCAAAGGCUCAUGAAGGAAGGAAACCCUACCAAUUUUUUCUAGGGUUUCUUCUUCUUCUUCUUCAUGGGCUCUCCAUUACAGCCAUUUUCAUUCUCUACCACACAUUUUCCAGUUUUUUUUUUUUUAACCUCACAGCCUGUUCUUCAAGUUUUCUUGUUCAUCAUCUUCAUUACUAUUCAGGAUUCAAAAUCAUUAUUUUUUUAAUGUAUAUAGAUAUGAUAUUUAUACACAACCGUUGUUGUACUUUGGCGAAUAAAUUAUAGUUUUGCUAA